AUGGCGAUCACCGUAAUCAUAUUAAAUAGAUUUUAUUCGGCAAAAAUGAGCAUAAUUGAUAGAUACAUAGAACAUUAUUUGCAGGAUCUCACCCAUUUUGUGAGAUUUUUUUGUUUUAUCCGUUGCAUUUCGUUUUUCAAAAAAUCACAUUCGGUCCCACAUUUGCCAAUCAAUUUUGAAAAAACACGCCCACCAGGUCCAGUUGGAACUGCAGACGCAGGCACCUCUCCGCUAUUUGUGAGGAAUAGCGUUAUUGCUGAGCAACUGAGAGAAGACCGACCGGCAUAGGACGGGGCUGGGCACCCGGUUCAGAGUGUAUACAGUUUCAUUGGAUAGAGCAACCCUCCAUAGAAGACAAACCAUAGAAAAGAGACGCAAAGAAAGGGAUGACGUAGGGCUGGAGGUGGGAGUGAGCAGCGUUGCCGUAGCAGAGCAGAGAUGAGUCUCACAUCAUGGUUCCUGGUGAGCAGCGGGGGCACUCGGCACCGUCUGCCCCGGGAGAUGAUCUUCGUCGGCCGGGAUGACUGCGAGCUCAUGCUGCAGUCUCGGAGUGUUGACAAGCAGCAUGCGGUGAUCAACUACGAAGCGGCCAGUGAUGAGCACAAAGUCAAGGACCUGGGCAGUCUGAACGGGACAUUUGUGAAUGAAGUCCGCAUUCAGGAGCAGAUGUACAUCACCUUGAAGAUGGAUGACAAGCUGCGGUUUGGUUAUGAUACCAACCUUUUCACAGUGGUGCGAGGUGAAAUGACUGUCCCGGACGAGGCUCUACAGCAUGAGAAGUUCACCAGUCAGCUCCAGCUGAGUAAAAAACCUUCCGGUGGUGAGCCCACCAAGUCACCUGCCAAGUCUCCUUCUAAGACCCCCAAGUCCCCUAGCUCCAGACCAGCAGAGAACAAGGCAGCAGAGGUGACCACCAUGGAGCCAUCAGUCAAACCAGCUGAGUCACACAAAGGAGAGGACAAGAUGGCAGCGGACAGUGCAGCAUUUCACAGAGGAACGCCUCUGUAUGGGCAGCCGUCCUGGUGGGGGGAUGGCGAUGCAGACGAUGAGAACUCCUUCAAGCAGGAGGCCAAGACGUCUGGGAAGAAGCACGAGAGCCCUGCAGCAGACGGCAGAGAGCCUAAGAGGAGUGACAGGACUAAGGAGGACGGCCUGGGACCCGAGCCCAGCUACUUUGAGAUCCCCACCAAGGAGGCUCAGAUGGCCGAGGACAGCAUUCACGAGAUCCCCACCAAAGACACAGAGGGGACCGCCACGGCCGGCGCUCAGGGCCACGCCUCGCCUCACGCCUUCACCAUCGAGUUCGAUGACACCUCCCCGGGCAAGGUGACCAUCAAAGACCACGUGUCCAAGCCGAUUCCGGAUCACCGAGCGCGGCCUAAGAAGGUCCCCCAGCCGGGCAGCAAGGACCUCAGCACCCUGCAGGCCGCCAUGAUGGCGUCCGAGAGCAAGGUGGCCGAUUGGCUGGCGCAGAACGACCCCCCGAUGGUGCGAAGCGAGUCCACGGAGGAUGACAGCAAGAGCAUCAAGAGCGAUAUCCCCGUCCACUUCAAGAGGCUCAAAGGGAGCAAACACGAGGACGGCACUCAGAGCGACUCCGAGAACGGGAUCGGCCUGCGCUUCGGCAACAGGAGGCUGGCUCUGGAGGAGAGGCUGGGAGCGGCUCACGGAGGUCAGGGGGGUCGGGCGGCCCGAACGCCCAGCAACAGGACCGCGUUCAUGAUCGAGUUCUACGACGACGACAACCCCCGCAAGCGCCGCUCCUACUCCUUCUCCCAGACCGCACCACUGCUCGGGGGCACGUCCGGCGAGGCACUGUGCCCCACGCCCCCUGCGCACCCUAAAGCCUCCCCCGCCGCCACCACAGACUUCGGCAAGGCGCCGUUAUCAGCAGCCCUGAUAGCCGGUGCCCCCACGGCGGCCCGCGUGCUGAUGAAGCAGAGGUCUGAGGAGCAGAGUAUAGGGAGGAGCUCCGUCAGUACAGGCCACCAGACCACUGAGCCCAGCCCCAGCGAGGAGGGCCUGAGGACGCCACACUCCCAGGGGGACAGAGACAAGGAGCAGGAGGACGACCAGAGCGAUAAAGGCACCUACACCAUCGAGCUGGAGAACCGCAACCCUGAGGAGGAGGAGGCCAGGCGCAUGAUAGACAAGGUGUUUGGGGUGGAGCAGAACCAGGAUUCGACAGACCAGGGGGGAGAAGGGAAGGAGAUUAAGGAGAAGAAGACCACGGAGACGCGACAAACGGCAAAACCAAGCUGCCUUCCCUCCAAGAGUGUGUCUGAAGACCCGGCAGCAUUGGGCAACGGUAGCUGGGUCUCUCAAUGGGCCAGUCUAACUUCCAACCACACCAGGACCGACCCAGAGGGUUCCGGUGCUGAGACUCCUGCCUUUCUACAUCAGGAGAGAGAAGUAGACAGCUUUGAGCCAAGUGUGUCCAUCCGAAGUGCCAGCUCAGCUACCUCCAGUCUCACUGAACGUAAACGCAGGACCCUUCCGCAGCUCCCCGUCGAGGACCCCCGGGCCAAGCCGGAGAAGACGCUGUCCGGCUCGGGCAUGCACCGCGAGGUCGGGGAGAAACAGGACACCGAGCCUCAGGAGAAGGAGAGCCAAGCAGAGCAUAAAGGAGACGGCGAGUGCCUCGCCUCCAAAGAGGGGGACGCGAUGAAGGGUAAACAGAGCCUGGCCAAGUCUUCCUCCAAACCCCCACUAAGACCAGCCAGCAGCAGCGAGAAGAGGUCCGAGGAGAGGAGGCGGCGGGCGGAGGAGCGGAUCCAGCACCACGGCAAAGGAGGAGGGGACGCGGGGGAGAAGUCGGGGGGCAAGCCUCUGGUCCGCCAGGGCAGCUUCACCAUCGAGAAACCCAGCGGAGUGGUGCCCAUCGAGCUGAUCCCCCGGAUCAAAGGGGGCGCCGGUGGACUGGGCCGCGAGCGCAGCGACUCCGUGGGCAGCAUGGACACCGCCACCCUGCUGAAGGACACAGAGGCCGUCAUGGCCUUCCUGGAGGCCAAGCUGAGGGACGAGAACAAGCUGGACCGGACGAAGCGGGCCGGCUCCAUCUCACCGGAGUCAGACGUGGACACGGCCAGCACCUACAGCCAGGCCGCGGGGGAGGGAGAGAAGAAGGCCGCCCUCCAGAAACGCCGCUCCCUCAGCAGCCUGCACAAGGAGAAGAGCAACCUGAGCUCCGCUUCGAAGGCCGCCGCCAGCACCAAUGCCCGCGAGCGCCUGGAGAGGAAGACCAAGACCCGAACCGAUCCCGGCCGGCCGGACGCCCGUCAUGCCGUCCAGCCCGCCUCCGCGCGGGGGCGCCGGCCCUCACAGGACCUCACGGACGACGACCAGACCUCGUCCUUCCCCAUCUCAGACAUCCUCUCCUCCGACCAGGAGAGUCUGCACAGCCGCUCGUACGGCCGCAGCCACACCUCCGCGGAUGACCUCUUACAUUCCAAAUUGGAGGUCAGGUCCAGCGGCAAGGCCGGCUCCACCAGGUCCAGUAAGACCCUGCAGGCUGCCACGGCCUCCUCCCUGGGGAAACAGGCCGUUCUGCCCACGCCGCGGCCCACCAGAGCCUCCCUGCUCCGCCGGGCCCGGCUGGGGGACACGUCUGACACGGACAUGCCCGACGCCGACAGGAUGUCGGUGGCCUCCGAGGUUUCCACCACCAGUUCCACGUCCAAGCCUCCGUCGGGUCGUAAAGGGCCAUCGCGGCUCGACAUGCUGGCCCAGCCCAGGAGGACACGGCUGGGCUCCAUCUCGGCCCGUAGCGACUCGGAGUGUACCGUGGGCCGGGUCGGCGCCUCCUCCCCUCGCCUGUCUGCGGAGACGGCCCUCCGUCUGGGCCUCCGCUCCUCCACCCCGACCGACAGCAAGCUGGCUCCUCGCAUGAGGGCCAACAGCGUGUCCAAGCUCACCGAGGCCAAGUCCAGAAUCAGCCCCUCCGUCCAAAGCACUCCCUCAGCCUCAAACAGGUGGAGACGACUGCCCCCGGAGUAUGGAUCGACCUCCGAGGAGGAGUUCAGCUCUAACAGGAACUCCCCCAAACACGGACGACCCCUGCGCUCCAACCCAGUCCUCCGGGGCUCCAGGCUGGGGGGCUCCACCUCCAGCUUGAACUCGAUUCAGGUGGGCCCCGGAGGCGUGGUCCUCAAGCACCGUAUGAGGGAGCAGGAGGAGUACAUCAAGGACUGGACCGCUCACAGCGAGGAGAUCGCCAGGUUAUUCCCCUGUGUGCGUAGGAUCAGCCAAGACCUGGCGAAGGACCUGGCCAUCCUCGCCCGGGAGAUCCACGAUGUGGCGGGAGAGAUCGACUCGGUCAGCUCCUCUGGCACAGCCCCAAGCACCACGGUCAGCACCGCCGCCACCACGCCCGGCUCCGCCAUCGACACCCGCGAAGAGGUAGGCGGCACGCCGGAGGUCACGCGGAAGCUGGUGGACCGCGUGUUCGACGAGAGCCUCAACUUCAGGAAGAUCCCUCCCAUGGUGCAGAACAAAGCCCCUGAGAUAAACGGACGCGCUGUGGAGCUCCGCCCCCGCGCCCCGGACCACUUGGACUCUCACUCCGCCCUCCGCAGGCGCACGUGGAACAGGGACGAGGGCGUGUUGGACAGCCUGUUGCUCACAUCUGUCUCUCAGCUGUCCGCCAAAAUCCGACAGUCUGUUGACAAAACAGCAGGAAAGAUCCGAAUACUGUUCAAAGACAAGGACAGGAACUGGGAGGAAAUUGAAAGUAAACUUCGAUCUGAAAGCGACAUACCACUUCUCAAAACUUCCAACAAGGAGAUCUCUUCAAUCCUGUUGGAACUGAAGAGAGUGGAGAAGCAGCUACAGGUGAUAAAUGUCAUGGUGGAUCCUGACGGCACUCUGGAGGCCCUGAGCAGCCUUGGCCUUACCAACCCUGUUACAUCCAAGCCCACUCCUGGUUCUCAGGGGCCAAAGGAGGCCCUUCCAGACCCGACACCUUCAGCCAGGGGCCACGCCGUCUCCUCUGCCUCCACCGAGGGGCCCGUUUCUGGGUCAACCAGAGACGUGGGAGGCCUGCAUUUCUACCGCAUCCACCCCAGUGGAAAAGAGAGUGCCAUCGCCCAGAAAUAAGGAGAUUCUGAGUAUUUCUAAUGAAGUUAACCUGUAAAUAGUGUCUGCCCUGCUCCACAAGCAUUAGACUACUGUACCUGUCACAACCCCAGACAGGACAGGUAUUAACCCUCACCUGUCUUUCUUCAUGACAAUGGGCGUGGUCUAAACCACUAAGAAAUAAACAUACAGUACCGUAUGUGUGGUAUAUUUACAAUAUGAGCUGGUCAUCGUCCUGCUCCAUGAAGACUGGUCACAGACCCUCCAGUACCGUAUGUGUGGUAUAUUUACAAUAUGAGCUGGUCAUCGUCCUGCUCCAUGAAGACUGGUCACAGACCCUCCAGUACCGUAUGUGUGGUAUAUUUACAAUAUGAGCUGGUCAUCGUCCUGCUCCAUGAAGACUGGUCACAGACACUCCAGUACCGUAUGUGUGGUAUAUUUACAAUAUGAGCUGGUCAUCGUCCUGCCCCAUGAAGACUGGUCACAGACCCUCCUUGUGGUAAAGACGACUUCAUACCCUUCGUUGAGGCCCCAGCUGAACAGUUUCCUUUAUAUGUGUGUCACAACAAGUAACACUGACAUUUAAUAUCAAGAUCGACUGCAUAGAGAAUUCUCGUUCUGAAAGCAUCUGUGUCAUUGGCGUUAAUCGGACUAAUUGAGUAAUAGUGGUCAAUUGUAGAAAAGCAAUUGCCGCCAGGAAACAAAGGUUAUUUUCUACAGUAAUUCAAGUGAAACUCACCAAAGCUUACAGUAUGGAUUACGUUUUAUUGUGAGCCAAGUUUUUUGAAGUUUAACGUGAAGCAAACUCAGCUGUUACUUAUCUGUUUUCUGCUUAUAUUUGUCUAAAAUACUGUAUGUAAACUUUUCUGAACAAUUAGACUGAGAAUCAAAUACAUUGUUAUGGGUUAGGGUAUUCACAUGAAAAACAUUUUGAUACUUUUUUAAGGACAAUGUAACCAUGUUACAGUACAGUACUGCUUGUUUGUAGCUUAGGCUUGGUAUUUGACCUGAAUCUUAUUUCAUAUGAAUUGCAUUACUUGAUAAUUUCCUGUUCACAACUGUGUGGUAUCUUUGUAAACUGGAAGUAAAAGCAAAAAGCUGACGAUGGCCAGAUCAUUUUCAGCUUGGGCUGUUCUAAAACGGACCUGUAUACUUUAGCACCUCAUACAGUACCAUGCUAUUUCUUCUGGAGUCCUUGUCAGUUUUCGAGUAAGUACGUCCUGAAUUGGCCUUGCAUGGAAAAAGCUGAUGGGUCUUCGACCCAAAAGAGCCUUGGUUUGUUUAAUGUUUAUUUACACUAAGGACUUAAUAGGUCUUUAAUACUGUGUGAGACAACAUGACCGCAAAAAGCUUACUAUCACAGCAUAACUAGCUGUAACCAUUGUCAUUAUUAAAUGUAUAAAUGAGGAUACAAGUCAUUGGAAGUCUGUAGCAAGCCUUUAACCGACAUUGAAUUGCUCACUAUUCUACAUUACCAUAAGGGAGGAUGUUUCCGUGUACUCAUACAAUGUGUAUAGAACUAGACCUCCUCAUUGAGUUUGCUGCUUCUCCGUAGUUCCUUUUUGGAAAGGGUUAGCCUGACCAUUUUCCAAGCUGUUUAAUGUAACGUUAUGUGUCGUGGUAUAAUAUCAAGUCAAGAUAGUGCAACAAGAUGUAGAGAAUUAAGCAAUAGGGACAUUAGGUACAAGAUGACAUUCUCUCCAAUGUUCUGCUUUGUAUUCAGACCUUUGAUGUCACCAAGUGCCCAGUUUUAAUAGAAGGAUAUCAUUUUCUUAGGAUGAGGAAUCACCCGGUAACUGACUGGACAUGUAUAAUUCUGCACAUACUGCAAGUGAGAAAACUACGGACUGUGUCAAAGGCUCUUCAAGUGUCACCAUGUGUGGUUUUAAGAUUAAAAAGAACAAAACCAAAAACCUGAAAUGAACAGCUCAUAUAAGCAUGAGACGCCUUGCUUCUGUCUGUAGCUAUACUCUGUACACUUGUUAAAACAUAAUCUUCAUGUUUGUCAGUAUAUUGCAUAAAAAAGGCCGUGAUGGGAAUAAGAAGUGCUCGGUACACCUUUUUAUUUUAUUUGUUUUGAGAGUUUACACAUCGGUUAUCAGUGUUUUACUUUUGUUUCAUGUUUUGUAUAAACCACCAUUUUAUUUAUUUAUUUCAAUGUAUUUUAUUGUUGCAAUUCAUGUUUUUUUUUUAUUUACAUACAUUACUUAUUUUCAAUCAAAUAAAGUCUUGAUUCUUACUUGACAAA